AUAUAUUUAUAAAGUAAGUGAGAUGUAAAGAUUUAAAUACAUGAAAAGUGCGUGAUAUAAAUGAAAAUCCGUUAAUUUAUUAAUAUAUUGAUCCCCUUCCAUCUGUCCUUCCGCUCUCCGUCCUAACACGCUUAGCAUAUGCUUUCAAAUAUUCCCCAUCACCUCACUCUCUCUCCCCCUAAUAAAAUCACUCGAUCGACACCUUCCAACUCCCACCACAAAAAAGCAGAUCAGUAUGAAGUUCGGAAAGCGGCUGAAUCAACAGAUUGAAGAAACUCUUCCUGAAUGGAGAGACAAGUUCCUCUCCUACAAGCACCUUAAGAAGCUCCUUCGCCUCAUCUCCGCCGCGCCGCCCUCAGGAGAUCCUGCCGAAGCUCCGUUCAUCCGCCUCCUCGACGCCGAGAUCCACAAGCUCAACUCUUUCUUCGUCGAACAGGAAGAAGAUUUUGUAAUUAGACAAAAGGAGUUGCAGGAGAGAAUCCAGGAGGCGAUGGAGACUCAGGGCGAUAUGAGUAAUAUCAGGAAAGAUAUUGUCAAUUUCCAUGGCGAGAUGGUUCUGCUCGAGAAUUACAGCAACGUUAACUAUACAGGGCUUGCAAAAAUCUUGAAGAAGUAUGACAAGCGCACAGGUGCUCUGCUGCGGCUUCCAUUCAUAGAGAAGGUGCUAAAGCAGCCAUUUUUCACUACUGAGCUGGUUUCCAAGCUGGUGAAGGACUGCGAGAGCAUGAUGGAAGCUCUUUUUCCAGAGAGGGAGGAGAUGGCGAGGGUGGAGAGGAAUGCGGCAGGGGCAGCGGAGCAGAGAAUUUUUCGUAACGCCAUUGCUGCGCUGGCCACCAUGAAGGAGCUGAGGAAGGGAAGCUCUACCUAUGGUCGCUUCUCUCUACCGCCCAUUGAGUCACCCGAGGCUGAUAUCUUGCAGACAUUGCAGCCACCAUCGCCCAUCUCAAUCCAAUAGUGAUGAGCUGCUGCUGCUGCUGCUGCUGAGGAUGAUAAAGGAAUGAUUACUGUUUUUUGGUUUUUUGUUAGUUAGGAUGACAGAUUAAUUAUGCUACUUUUAUAUGAAAAAUUAUAGGAGAAGAUUUGUUUGCAGUUGCAGUGCUGAAUGAAUACUGGUUUCUGUGUUUCUUCUGAAAGUGCUGUUCUGUGAUGAAGCAGAUAAUUUUUGGUUCUUUGCUUCUUUAACUUCUUUUAUUUUUUGCUACCUUUCCUUUUAUUUAUUUUAUUUGUAUGAUAAGUCCCCUUUAUGAGUUCAUAAUUUAGGGAAUUUUGAGUAUUUAUAAACU